GGUUAUUUGUAAGUAGGAUUAAGAUAUUUGUAAGUGUUAAAGUAAUUAUCUUCCUAUGACACCAGGAGAAAGAAGUGACUUUUUGUUGAAGCAUUUGAUACGGAAUAACUUAUAAUACUGGUGGCUGUAAUAAUAUCUGCUUGGGGAUGUUUGAAUAGAGGUGAACCAGCAUUUAUAUAGAUUGUGAUGUGUCUGUACCACAACACGGUUUUUGUAUUAUUUCCGGGAAGAAGUUAACACGUAAAUUGCUGGAAAAAUGGCUGACGUGGAGGAUCGCUUACGAGAAGGUAUAGGAAAGUUGUCUAUACCAAAGAAGAGUGAAGACAGUGCAGAUUUGGCCCGGAAUAUUGCUAACUUGUCCCCUGGUACACAAGAGAAUCUUGGGGUACUGCUCAGGAGUAUUUCAAAUGGAGAAGCUCUUAUUGAUACAGAUUCGGAGGGCCGAGCGCAGAUAGAAUAUAAAGCUGCCAAGAAAAUCUUCUGGGAUGGAUCAAAUGCUAACGUUAUUGCUCAUCCAAAAUCUGACCCUGACAUUCAGGUCAAGGUCGAUGCAUGCUUGGAGCUGAUUGGUUAUCUCCAGUCAGAGAAGCCUCCUGCUGGUGUUGUAUUGGACAAAACUAAAAUCUCUCUGUCACCAACAAAAGAAUAUAGAUUAGGGCAUGAAUUUGAGAAAACAAAGAAGAUACUUGGCAGCGGAAAUGCAGCGGGAGAUAUUGUGGUUGUCAAAGAUAGAAAGACAGGCCAGGAGCAUGCUUACAAAACUAUGAUGAUCUCGUAUUUCCGUAAAGAGGAGGUAAGGUGUUGGGUAGACAUGUCUGACACUGGUUGUGUCCCUUCUCUCUACCUCUUCAAAAUUGAAAACAACAAAGUAACUAUACACAUGGAGAUUUUAAAAAAUGCUAAAACAUUACGCAGUAUUAUAGAUGAACACAUGGAAGGAUUUUAUGAAAGUGAAAUGACUAGGUCACUAGUAAAGCCAUUCUCACUGUAUGUGCUAGACGGGGCACUAGAAGCUAUCACACAGAUGCAUUGCCGAGGAUGGGUUCAUAACGAUUUACAUGGUGGUAAUGUUAUGGUGCAGAAAACAGCCUCAGACAAAUUGGGAGUCAAAGUUCUUGAUUUUGGUUUGGCCAACAAACUUGAGGAUCAAAAUGGACUGAACUUCCGGGGAUUUAAGGCAGACAUAUCGGAGGUGCUGCGGCUGUUCAGUGCCUUGUAUACUGGGGGACUGGAGUUCGAUAAUGCAUGGGAUCUUCAACACAACUGGAAAAGUAAACUUAAAGAGUUUACAGAGUGGAUUCAGAUGAGUGUUGAUGAUAGGAAGGAACUAUUUUGUCUUAUGGAUGCUGCGAUGAAAGUAGUCCAUCCUGCUGAUGUUAAAGAAUACAAGAAUUUUGUGAAAAGCAGACUUGACAGUGCAAUAGGGGAUGUGCAAUCUGAGAAGAACCUCAUGAAGAAAAUUGUGGCUGUUUUAUUUCCCGAGGAUUUUAAACCUGUACAUCAGCAUGUUGGAACUGAUUAUGCUGAUGCCACUGGUGAUCACUAUAACUUCGAUGUUGCUGAUUCUCUAUGUUACCAUGACAUACACCAUGACAACACAGAUCACCAUAGAGACACGGUCGACCUUGACCUUGAACAGACAGCCAAUCAGGUGCCAGAUGAGUACUUGGAUCUGGUUAGAAUGACAUUGGGGAUAAGUCUUGAUUAAAUAUUAAAGCAGAGACUGCAGGGUAGUAAAUCGUAGAAAAGAAAUAUAAUAGGGUUUAAGAAUAUAUGUUACAUUUUAUGUAAUGUUCCAAAAUUCAGUGGUGGAUACAGUGUCAUAUUUGCUUCUAUAAAUGUACACAGAUAUUUUACAAUGGUGUUUGUUGAAAACACUUCAUCAGACAUUUAAGGUAACAUUAUUGGUUGUAUUAAGAUAAUCAUUGUUUUUCAGGAAGCUUCUCAAACUGUUUGGUUGCUCAAUAGUGAUAUUACUUAGUAUUCAUAGGACUUGUGCUAUAUGUAAUCCAUUACUGUAAUAAGUGAAGCCAGAGACUGUCUGUAUGCAGUCAUGGAAUUAUUACAUCACUUUAUUUAAGACUUUAGAUAUUGCUGAUGAGUAGAGUAUUGUAACAGUUGUCUGAUGCUGUGUAAUUUGAGAUGGUAGGGAGAGUGCAUGGAUGCAAAGCAGAGGGUGGCUAAGGAAAUUUUAAGAAACAAAUUGUAUAAGUUAAUGUUUAGAAUGCAAAAAAGAAAAUCUUUUGGUUUAAACAUUGUUUUAUUGACAUAAAUACAUCUGUUACAGUAUAUUGUUAAAUGUACAAACAUAUAGGAUUGAGUAGAAAGCUAUAAGCUUUUUUAAAAACUCUCUCUCUAAAUCUUUUAUUUUGGGGGUUUGUGGGUGAGCUUGGAUGGGGUGUAAUGGUGUAAAACCUGACUCAGACUUGGAAUGCUGCCAAAUAUUCUUGUUUUAUUCCAGUCAUUUUAGAAACUAAUAACUUUAUUGCACGGACUGUCUCUUUAUUUUAGGUUGAUUUUCUUUUUGAUUACCAUAUUACAUUAUCAGUUUUGAGAUUUUAAAUGUGUGUAGUGUCCACCUUGAUUUUUUUAUAAUGAUUUGGUUAUAAGUAUAAAAAUUACCGUGGAAUCAUUAAUAUUUGCUUGGAACUAAUUUUAGUGGAAUUUGAUUUUGUCAGUCUACAGAACUAAAGAUUAAAGAAAUUAAAGGUCUGUGUUAUUUUUUUUAUCUCAGCAAUUAAACAGUUUCAUAUUAAAUUGUUUAAUUUUAAGUGAUGUUAAACAAUUUAACAGUUAAUAGAUUUUAGAUUGAAACUUUUUUGUUUAUACUCCAGAGUUUAAAGGAUAAAAAUGAGACCUACUCUUUCUUUCAAUAAUGUUUUACUCUUACUCAAGGUUCUUUGAAAUUUAAACAAAGUAUUACCGGUAUAAGACUGAUGACAAAAUUUAGCUCAAAAUUGGCUUGAAAUGUUGACUUAAAGUUCACAAAACAAAUUAAUAGUAAUAGGCUCUGAUAUGUCAAAAAAUUCUGCGAAAUUCAAUAGAGGUCUAUCUGUCUACUUUAUUUUAUUUUACCUAUGCAAAACUGUACAAGGCUGAGGACAUAUGUAUGCAUAAUAUAUGAGCUGCGCCAUGGGAAAACCAACAUAGUGUGUUUGCGACUAGCAUGAAUCCAGACCAGCCUGUGCAUCAACGCAGUCUGAUCAGGAUCCAUGCUGUUCGCUGAUGGUUUCUGUAACUGCAAUAGAAUUUGAAAGCGAACAGCAUGGAUCCUAACUAGACUGCGCGGAUGCACAGGCUGGUCUGGAUCCAUGCUGGUCGCAAAGCCACUAUGUUGGUUUUCUCAUGGCGUGGCUCAUAAUCAUAUUUUUAUAAACUCAAAUUAUUUUUUCUACCAUCAGAGUAGUUUUACAAUUUUAUCUUAUUGCCUGGCAACAGGGUUUAAACCAUGUGUAUAUAUUUUUAUAUGGAUUGUUAAUAGAUGGUGCUACAAUACUUUGUAUGUCUCAUUGCAGCGUGUGUGUUUUUUUUAUCAGACUAAGAUCAUAACAUUGAGCUUGUAUAAACCCAAAUAUGGCUCAGUUUUACAGUUUUAUGAUGCUUAAUUUUACUGUUUCAGUUGUCUUACAGUUAAGGUAGUUCUGCACAUUUGAAACACCAGACAUGAUGGUAAAAUGUCAUUUAUCCACAAAACAGAAUAAAGCCAGGAUCUGGUAUACUGAUGGCAGAAUGUCAUCCCUAAAACAGGAUAAAGCCGGUAUCUGGUAUACAGAAAUUUGAAUCAUACUACAAUUAAAUGGCAACAUUUGUACUUAUUAUUAAAGUGGGCAACACUUCUAUCUUUCUUAGAUAUAAGACCAAAAUUUAUGACAUUUGAAACAAAUCCAUUGAGGCCAUAAAAUCAGCUUGAAGUUAGCCAGUCUCUUUAAUCAUGAACAAAAGCUCGGAAAGACUCCAAUUUAAUCAAAGUUUACAUAAAAUAUUAAUUGACAUGAAUGUGCAGAACUACCUUAAGUAUUAUCAUUCUGUUUAUUAACCAUUUAUCUGGAAUGGAAUCCUUGGUCCAAGGUUAUAAAUUUGAGUUUGGAGACCAGUCUGUAAUCUCAAGCAUCUGAUUGGAUGAUUUGAAAAUUAUUCUUGAAAUUGACCAAUGACAAGAGUGCAUUCUAAGGGUUGUCUCAACACACAAUUUAUUAACCUUGGUACUAGUAGGUAUGAUAUUCAACCACAAGAAACUUCUCCACAUUAGGUAAAGGUAGAGGAAUUCACUUUCUGCCUGAUUUUGUAUAUAGAACAUUUUCUGAUGGAGGAGAUGUGAUUUGUUACUCUUUUGAUUGUUAGGGCAAACCUUUUUAGGUAAUUUUUUUUCAAUGAUUAUUGUACCUAAAGAUUUACUGUAAAAUAUAAAUACUUGCAAGGCUCUGAUUUUUAUGAAUUAUGCAUAUUUUGAUGAACUCAUGAGUUUAAUAAUAAUAUGAACCACGCCAUGGGAAAACCAACAUAGAGGGUUUGCGACCAGCAUGGAUCCUGACCAGACUGCGCAGAUCCAUGCUGUUCACUAAUGGUUUCUCUAAUUGCAAUAGGCUUUGAAAGCAAACAGCAUGGAUCCUGACCAGAUUGCGCAGAUGCGCAGGCUGGUCUGGAUCCAUGCUGGUCGCAAAGCCACUAUGUUGGUUUUCUCAUGGCACAACUCAUUAUUUAGGUGAAAAAUGUUUGUUCUAUUCAAAGAUUAGACCUUACGUUUUUGUACUUUUUUAAAAUUUCUGGUCAAAUCAAAAUGUCUGAUUUUACAGUCAUCAUGUAUAGGUACAUGCUUUUUAUGCAGAGCGCAAAUCAAAAGCCCAUGUAUGUUUUUAUAAUCUUACAUUAAUGUAACUGUUAUAUUUGAUAUGAUAUACUGUGUAGAUCUAAUCAUUAUUUGUAGGAGGCUGAUUUUUUUGGAGGCCAGUGAAUCAACGAAAUAAAAAACAACCUCAUUUUUUUUGAAAUCCAUGUAGCUAUUUAAGCCAAUACAACAAAAUGAAAUGUAUUUACAGUCAGUACAGUGUAAGCUAACAGCAUGUGAUGUAUGUUUAGUGUAAUAAUGAUAAUGUUGUGAUAAGUCUCGUAUUCUGCAGAUUUUAACAUGACAUGCAGUAUAGUUACGCUAUAAUUUUUUUUGUAAAUAUUUAUAUAAUUAUGUUUAGUCUUAUAGUUUAUCAAUAUUUCUAUCUUUGUGUAAUUAUGUUAGUUGUUCAACAACCAAAUAAAUUGACAUGGUAUUUAAGUUACAUGUAUAGACAUUUUUCAUUAAAAAUUACAAACUAAUUUUGUGCCAAUAGUUUAAACAAGGGUCAUUCAUAUAUUUUUCCUUUUCAAAAUAGAUAGUCUAUAGAGUAAUUGUCCUUCUGUUAUGCCAAAAAGAUGGUAGACAUAAAAUUCUGGGUCAAUUUUCUUUUUAACUCUGCCAUUGUAAAAUGAGCUUAGAGCACAUUAGAAGUGUAUGUCAUCUCCAGCUUCCUUCAUCUGUGCAAAAUUUUGUAUAAAGGCACAUCACAACUUUGAUGAGCACAGAUUAUUAUCUGUUAUUUUUUUGGGUAAGGAUUAGAGAAAGGGUUUCGUGUAGUUUAAUUCAAGUAAAUAUCUCGUUUUUAGCUGCAUAUUUUUAUGCUCAAAUUGUUGGUAAUUCUUUGAUGCAUAUCUUACAUUUACGUUAUUAUAAUUGUUGCUGUAAAAUAUCAUAGUAUUUGACUUUUUCAAAAUGCUGUGAAUUUAUGGAGAUUAAUAAUAUCUGUCAUGUGUUUACGAAUCGGAUAGAAAUAUCUGUCCCGAGGGCACCUGCGCAUUGGGCAGUAACAAGGCUAGCCGAGUUACUGCCCAUGCGCAGGUGGCCGAGGGACGGAUAUUUCUAUCCGAUUCAUAAACGCAUGAUUGAUAUUUUUUCUUGCAUAUCGUAUACAUGUAAGCUUUUUAUUCUGACAGACUUUUUUGUGUACCAUAUUUUACAAAAAAUAAAAUAAAGCAAAUAGAAAUGCACUCUUUCUUGUAGUAGAGUACGUACGUACACAAAACACGGGAAAUUAACGUCGGUAAGCAGAAGUGACGUCAUAACGUUUCAGUGACGCACAAUAACAAAGUUCCUGUUAGUUUUAUCAUUUGUAGCAUAACGGUAUGUUCUUACCGUAAACUAACGUAAUUUGAAUUGAGAAAUAUGCUAUAAGGGAUGGAGAGAAACUAUUAAAGUACCUGUCGGUGAUCUUUUUCGUAUGUUACAUAUCCAAUGCAUGAAUUGCUAGUUGUCCUUAACAGCACAAGAGUCAUUCGGCAUGGGAGGUGUUAGAUGGGUUUUGCUGGCAUGGGUAAAAUCACCGGAAACGCUAGUCUGGUGUGCAAGAAAAGUAAAAUAUAAGAUGAUAAUUUUAUUUUUAUAUAAAAAAUGCACACAUCUUAUUUAUUCUUAAGAAAUUCUAUCAUUUAGCAGUAAGUACAAAAAUGUACUUACUAAAUCAUAUUUUUCAGACAUUUAUACACCACAUAUUUUUAUUUUAUUCAUAAGGAGCUGUAAAAAUGCUUCUGUAAUUUUGUAUGUGAAAAAUUCCUCUCAGUUAUAUACAAAACCAUAAUUUUAUCACCCACAAUGUGUUCUGCCAUUUUGUUGUUGCAUUGAUUUGAUUUUUUUUUCAUGUUUUUAACCUGCUUCUACACUGUUGUAGCCAGAUGCUUUCACUACAAGUUUUAGUUAUAUACUUUAGUUGUAUACCUGGUUUGUUUAAAUAUUGUUCUAGUUCAUAUAUCAUUUUACAUUCUUUUUUUUUUUGUCAAGUCUUGCCUUUAGAAAGUAUAUUUUGUGGGUAACUGCUUUUAAUUUUACGUUUUAUUUCUGCACUAGUCUUAUCUGUAUAAUACAAGAAAUUUUAUUAUAACCUCUUUUUGUAUAAUAUGUCUGUGUGAAUAUUUCAAACAAUGCUUUACUGCUGCUAAAUUUAAACAUGGGUUCAUAAAACAGGUGUUCUGCUUGAUUUUAGCUAGUCAUUAGAUUAACAGUAUUACUUUCAUAACAACUAUUUUUGUACCAUUCUCUCUGCGAAAACGAUUUUUUAUAAAAAGGAUUGUUAAGGUUUUGGUUGUAUAUUUAGCGGUGACAAACCUGAAACAUACUUUCUGGGGAGUCAGAAUUAUAAAAGUUAUGACAAGGUGUCAUUAUUUAUAUAGCACUAGAGUAGAUGAAUAAUGUAUUUCUAUGCACAUAUUUCUAGCUGUUAAAAUUUUACACAGAAAGUGUGUAUGUAUUUACAGGAUGAAUCCUAUAAGUGUGUUAAUUUAUCUGUAAUGAUAUGAAAUGUAGGCGACCAUAGUCGCAGAGAUUUAUUGUCUCAAAAAGCCUUCAGUGUGUGUGUUAAACGGCACAGAAGUAGAUGUUAUAUUACUGGUCACACGUGUAGCAGCAAAACAAUAUUUCAAACAUGAAGUAUGUAUUUAUGAUAGUAUAUAAAUCAUAGAAGACUUUUUCUUUGUAUGUCUCCAAAAACCCUUAAUGUGUAAGCAAUAGUGGAUUUUUAUUACAAAGCAGUAACUGUUGUGGAAUUUACCUUGAUGUAAUGCAUUUGAAUAAAAGACUAUUUUAACAUUAUUUUAAAAGUGUCAUUGACCAGUAAUAUUGAAAGAGGUCUAGUGGUUACGCGCUUGACUCUCAAUGCAGAGUGUUUUUUUAAGAGUGUUAUUGACCAGUAAUAUUGAAAAAGGUGGUCUAGGGUUUGAAUCACUGUCCAGGCACUGGGAAUUUAUGAGAUGCUCUCCAGUGUCUCUCACCUAACUGAGGCCGCUACUGGUUCUUCCCAGGAAAGACGGCUUUGUGUGUAUCGUUGCUACACAUCGGGCAUAUUACAGAACUGUACUGUCUCUUCACAAAGAGCUGGGCUGAAUUAGCCCGUUAUGUUUGUAUCUAAAUGAGAUCUUUCUGUUUAGGAGCUUUUUUCGCUCUGUGCCUAUGGUCAGAUCGCUUUGAAUCUUUACCUUUAGAGGAUGAAUUGGCUUCCUGAGUGGUGUCUUUGUAUAUAAAGCACCUCUGAAUGUGUUUAUCAUGAAAAGAAUGCUAUAUAUAAAUCUGGUAUAAUAUAAUUUGAUACAAAAAAAAGAGCAAAAAAACAAACAGAUUCAUUGCCUAGUCAUUCAUACAGUAUUAGUAUGUAGCACAAAGUUAAUCAAAACUUUUUUUAAAUAUUCAUUUGGAUUAUCACUGUAUUUUAUAGCAUACAGCAAAAUAUUACUUUAAAUCCUAUGCAUUAAUGAUUUUCGAAACAUAGUAACUUUUUUUGUUGUUUUAGCUCGUCUGAUUUUUUGAAAAAAAUCUAUGAGGUAAUGACGUCACUUUUAUAAGAAUUAUGGCCCUGUUUGUAUUUAGCAAUAUAAAAACAAGAGCAUCGCCUACGGGUGCCAUCGCUCGUCUGCAAAUGCUGGACAAUGUGUAAGAAAAGUUAUAGUUCAAAUUUUAGAGUACAAAAAGGGCCAUAAUUCUGAGAAAAUGCAGGUUAGAGUUACAGUUUUUGACCUACAUUGUUCCCUAAAGGUGGUAAGUGUGCGAAGUUUCAAAGCUGUAUCUCUUAUAGUUUUUGAGAAGAGGUGACCUAAACAAAAAAUUUAACCAAUAAAAUAAAAUUUUCCAAGUAUAAAAAGGGCCAUAAUUCUGACAAAAUGCAUAUCAGGGAUAUGGGUCUUGGCUUACAAAGUCUCCUAAUGAUGAUUAACAAGUAUGCAAAGUUUCAAAGCUGUAGCUCUUAUAGUUUUCGAGAAAAGGAGGUCCUAAACAAAACUUUUAACCAAGAAACUCAAAUUUUCUAAAUACAAACAGGGCCAUAAUUCUUAUAAAAGUGACAGAAAAUGAAUAUGUCCUGUAUUUUUUACAAGUAGAUUGAAUACACAUGUUUCCAUGCCAAAUAUUUGUUUAAGUAUGUCUUAGUCAGUUAGGAAGUAAAUUAUAUCACCUGAAAACUGGGAUAGGGUAAUAUUCCAUUUGAAUAUGUUCAAGUAUAUACAUUUAAUGCUUAUCCAUUCCUUUAGUUCUGUGGUCAUUUACCUGUAUAAUGUAGUUACAGAGUAGAAGUGGUAUAACUUGUAUUUCAAAAUAAACAUAUAGAAUAAC